AUGGCAAAAUUUUCGGUUGGUAGUUUCGAAGAGGGAGAGGGAUCCAGCUCAAGGAACCAAAAGAGACGGAGAAUGGACCGUCAACCUCAACCCGACUCCAUAGAAACUGUUGUAGAAGAAGUUUAUGAUGGAGAUGAAGAGACAGGGUCCAUAGAUCAGGAUUAUGUAGUAUACCUUUCUAAUCAAGAAGCCACUUUAGAAGAUGAACAAGAACAAGAUGCCGGAUCUGGAGAAGAAGAAGAAGCGGUUAAUAAUCCUGUUGAUGAAGAGAUGGAUGAGCCGGUGGUGGAACCCGGUAAAAACGAGUCAGUUUCGGUGACACUAAUCGACCCAGAAGUUUUUGAUUGCCCGAUCUGCUGUAACCCCUUGUCCGCUCCCGUCUUUCAGGUUAAUGAGAUGCAGAGUUUUCUUUAUAUUUUGAAAUGUUUAAAUAGGACUGCAGGAGUUAGGCUAAUAGUUCAUGGUUACUUAAAAGGAUAA